CAAUCGCGACGUCUCGACAAAAUAAGGUUUGCUGUUUUCAUGGUUUGCUAAAUUUUGAAGUCAAGAUCUGCCAUUUGUGCCCUAGAAACAUUGCCAAAAUAAUGCAGGAGACGUACAAGAGGAGGUAUAUAUCGCUCAAAAGGAAGUGUGAUUCAUUGGAAAUGAGCAAUGAGCGAGUUCUGAACAGACUUUUCCAUGUUAAGAAAUACAUUCACAAGCUUUCAAGAGAAAGGAGGGGCCUUGCCAAAAAGCUGACAGAGCUUGGAGAUGAAUUCAAGAAGAGUGACCUGACUGUCCCUCUUGAGGACGAGCUGCCUGGUGCAAUGAUAGGGGCAGCAGAAAGCCCAUCGUCUAGUGGGCCAGCUAUGGCAGAGAAUGCUGCAGUCUUCAGCCCAUUCAGUCAAGGAGGACCUACCAAAGGUGAGGAGACACUCUCCCUGAAGGACACACCUCAGACCCCUGCAGUUCAGGGCAAGCCAGGCAGGAAGAAGCGAUCAAGAGAUGUCAACAAGCCGGAGAGAGAAAAAGAUCCAAAUGCACCCAAGAAGCCAGCCAAUGCCUUCCUGAUGUACUGCCAACAGGAGAGACAGAAGGUACAGGAUGGCGAGGGCAAUGGCAUCUACUCUGCUGACCUUAGCCACCAGGACCUCACCAGACAGCUGGCUAAACAAUGGAAGUUCCUGAGUGAAGAGGAAAAGAAGCAUUACUAUCUGAUGUAUGAGAAGGAGAAAGAUCGGUAUGACAAGGCGGUCAAGAAGUACGCUAAGGGAGCUGGAAAUGAUAAGAAGAAAGCAUCGAGGGAUAACGGACAUGAUGGUGAUUCCGAGAUGAUUGAUGUUGUGAAGAUGGGCCAGGAGAAAGACUGGAAACCGAAAGAUUUCCGAGAGGAAAAGAUAACCUUGAAGACAUCCCACACCAGUGAAGAUCAAACAAUUGAUGUGGAGAAGGAUGAGUUUGAGUUCAAUGAUCCUCAAGGCAUGGCUGAGGAGCCUAAGAUUUGCUUGGAGAAGAUUGACAAGAGUAAGCUCUUUGACAAAGCUAGAUUGUUUGGAUUUCCCAGCUUGGACUCUCAAGAACAAGUACCCAAUGUGAGCAAAGCAGAAACUGAUGGCAAGCAACAGCUCAGGGAUCUCUUCAUGAAAACAGAUGUCAGACCAUUUUCUAGGUCACCUCAACCAAGCUACAAAGGACCUGCCAUUCUGGAGAUCGCAACGGGUCGCAAAUCUGCCUCGCCAACCAUCUUGAGUCAUGCAGCUCCUAAGAUGUUACCAGAAGCUCCUUUGAGACCUUCGAUGGACCUAAGCAUCAAGGAGCUUGUUGGUGCAAGACCUGGUUCAUUUGAGCUCAGAAACCCAGCCAUGAUGGAACUCAAGAGCAAAGGCGAGGAGAGGACUGUUCUUGCAUCGGCUCUCCAGAAUAAAUCAAUGUUUGAUAUUAAGAUGCGAUCUAGUACAGACUACACCAAGUCCAAACCAGUCCUAGAUGUCACUGGACCAUCAAGUGAUACUUCCAGCUCAUGGGGUAUACUAUCUUCCGACUUGAAGAGCAAGGUACCCUUGGAAAUGAAAAGCAGGCUUAGUGCUGAACAGGAAAAACCUAAAACGUUAGCCGACUCUAGCCCUAGGACAUUUACAGAAUCAAAGACCACCAUUACAAGUGAAUUGAGGAGCAAGCCUUCUAUAUUGGAGACUACCAAGUCUUCUUCUCCUUUGGAAAGCAGGGUUAGGGGUUCACCUGAAACCAUGAGAAGGUUGUCUCUAGAUAACAAGAGAGCAGUUGUAGAACUGAAGAAAAUCCCUGUCGAUCCCUCUGAUGAUCCCUACCAUUUUGAUGAUUAGUCCGUAUCCUGACAUCAAUCUUUGACGGGUGUUUAUUUGUAAUCAACUAGAAGAUGUUUUGGUUCUAAUCUAGAAACCGGUGGUCUUUUCUUCUGGUCUUUGCUAGAGUUGAGUACUUGAGUUCCUAUAAAGCAGUUUAAUUAUUCGAGAGUUUGAUCAUUCAGAUGCAUAUUCAUAUAUUCAAGGAUCAACUAUGCAUGUAUUUUUUGUCCAUGAAAGAAAUAACUUUUGGACUUGAGUGAUGUUUUGUCAAACAUGUCCUGGGAGGUAUCCAGUAACAGUUGAAUGAAAAUUUAAAGGGUCUGUAGGUCAAUGUACAUGUCGAAUUUAUUUUUGUUUAUUGACUCACCCCCAGUGGUCUCCUGAAGACACACAAAUGCAGUAUUAAGUUGCAAAUGGGAAUAGACAAUCAGGAUUGUUGUUAAAUAAACACUUUGUUUACAAGGCUGACAUUUAUCCAGUCAUAAUUGUUAUGUGAAAUAUGCAAUUCAUUGCAAAAUACUUUCAGGCAGCUCUGGGGUCUGGUGCAGAAAGAGUUGCAUUUAAACGCAAGUAAAAAAAGAUCAAUCGCAAGUCCCAAAUGCAUGCUGUUGAUUGGU